CGGUGAUAAAUAAUGCAUGGGUCAUCCCAAUUUUUGCAUUUUCCUUGACCUGCAACAUCACUAGCAAGUAACAAUUACUAGAUCCCCAAACUUAUCAAUCUCUCUUCAAUUUUUUUUUUUAUUCCCUGUGUUUGAUUUUCUUUUAUUGAAUUGAAAUUCUUUUGUUGUUGAGCUGAAAAAGAUGUCAUGAUUCAUGAAUUGGAGUUGGCUUCUGAUCCAUGCCAUUUCCACCCCAUUUCUUCCUCAGAAUCUCUGUGUUUUUUUUUGGUGAAAGGGUGUAAUGGUGAAUAAGGGCAGCAUGGGCACUUUCUCAGAGUCACUGUUGAAGCCAUGGCCUUUUAGUAAGCAUAAACAUGUGCUGGUUAAAUUGGCUGUGGCACUCUUUCUCAUGGGUUUGGCAUUCAGGCUCUAUUCCUCUCAUGGCGAAGCAAUUACACCAGUUUCUAAUGUUCCAAUCUCCUCUCAGAUUGAGCUUUCCAGUGACCCACCUGCCAUUGAUUCAGCCAACGAUGAAAACGGAGGUGGCUCUGAGUCGGGUGCAGGAGAGAAAUGUGAUUUGUUCAAAGGAGAGUGGAUCUAUGACCCAUCUGGACCACAUUAUACAAAUGAAAGCUGCCAGGUAAUUGAAGAUCAUCAGAACUGCAUGAGCAACGGGAGACCUGAUUCAGGUUAUCUUUAUUGGAGGUGGAAGCCCAGUAGUUGCAACUUAUCACAAUUUGAUGGGAAGAGAUUUCUAGAGAAUAUGGUAAAUAAGAGAUGGGGAUUUAUUGGGGACUCCAUUUCAAGAAAUCAUGUCCAGUCGCUUCUCUGUCUUCUUUCCAAGGUAGAAAGUGCCACUGAGAUAUACCAUGACGAGGAAUACAAGUCAAAGACAUGGCACUUCCCCUCCUUCAACUUCACUUUAGCCGUCAUUUGGUCUCCUUUCCUCAUUAAAUCUGUGAGUUUAGAAGACAUAAAUGGGGUUUCAACUUCCGAGAACAAGCUCUAUCUUGAUGUUCUCGAUACAAAAUGGAUUACACAGUUCGACAGCUUUGACUAUGUCAUAAUCUCCGGGGGAAAAUGGUUUCUCAAGGCUGGUAUAUAUUUAGAAAAUAACACAGUUGUUGGUUGCCAUUACUGUCCAGGAAAGAACUUAACUGAGCUUGGGUUUCAAUACUCUUAUGAAAAAGCACUUAAGUUAGUAUUGAACUAUAUUAUCAAUUCUAAUCAUAAGGGGCUCAUCCUCUUUAGAACUUCAACACCUGAUCAUUUUGAAAAGGGGGAGUGGUUUAGCGGGGGAACGUGCAAAAGAACAGUGCCAUUCAAGAAUGGAGAGAUAAGUAUGACUGAUGUGGAUCGAAUACUGCACAGAAUAGAGCUCGAAGUAUAUGAGAAAGCUUUAGAAGAAGGAACAGCUAAAGGAUUGAGGCUUGAACUAAUGGACACAACUCAGCUUUCAUUGCUAAGGCCAGAUGGGCACCCCGGGCCAUACAGGCAGUUCUACCCAUUUGCCAAAGAUAAAAAUGCCACAGUUCAAAAUGACUGUUUGCACUGGUGUUUGCCUGGGCCCAUAGAUUCUUGGAAUGAUAUUGUUAUGAAGAUUGUUCUUGAUGAACGGCGAAGCCGGUAAUUGUUCCAAUAUUUGCCUCUUUUUGUGUAUUUGUCGCCAUUGGGAUUCAAGGAUUUCUAAAGAAGAUCAAGAUGCCAUCAACUGUAUGAAUUGUCUUUUGUCCUCGAGCCAUGGCAAUUGGCCCACAAUCAAUUCGAGAACUCAGCGCCAUUUGAAACAUGGGCUUGGAGCAGCAGGCAAGGGCGACUGUGUUUCUUCGUGCUGAACCUGUGUAGUGAUGUCUCUUUUUAUAUUUUAUGUUUCUACUGGUGAUGUUUGUGUUAACAAGGAUCACGUAAUCUUCUGAAGCGGAUGUAUUAGUAGAUGGAGCACUAAAUGUCAUGCAAAUAUUUUUAUGCUUCUUUUCUAUAAUCUGUGCAA